AUGGUCUACUCGGUCCUCCUUCUCGGUGCCCUCGUAGCUGCUCCAGCUUUCGGUCAAACUUUCAGACGAACAGCUGCUUGUCCCAAAUUGGGUUGUGUCUUCCCUCCUGAUCAGACUGAUUUCAUUGCUGGUCAAACGUUUGACCUUCGAAUCGAAGUUCAAGCUCCUGUCAAUGGUUCGGAAGCGUAUAACAAUGGUCAACCUGACAACAACUUCUCCCUCAAGAUUGGUGGUCAAGGUGGUAACCUUGUUGACGCUUCCGAAUUCUUCGGUUUAACUGAUCCUACAGUCGAGAAAUACAACUUUACAUACUAUGAAGAUCUCUUCGCUGAGGAAGCUCACGCACCAACUCCCGUCAAUGUUCUCGCCAAAUCAUACCGAAACUUGCAACUGCACAAUCCCGGUACCUAUGAUGUCGUCCUCACUUACAACAACGGUGACACUACCACUGCCACUUGGACUGUUGCUCCUCUCGCUGAAAGCAAGAAGGCCAAGAAUGUCAUCUUCUUCGUCGGUGAUGGUAUGGCUUCUUCCAUGCUUUCAGCUGCUCGACUGCUCGGACAUAAGACCAUCAAUGGUAAAUACCAAUCCAAACUCAAGGUUGACGAAGCUCCUGGUUUCGGUGCACAAAUGACUCACUCUCUUGAUUCUUUCAUUACCGACUCUGCCAACUCUGCUUCUGCCCUUUUCUCAGGAAAGAAAAUGACGGUAAACGGUCUCAACGCAUACACUGAUUCCACCGGCAAAGGCGUUGGAAAUGCCAAAGUCGAAACUAUCUUUGAGAUGUUUAGGAGAAUUGAAGGUGGUCAAGUAGGAGUAGUCAGCAAGGCAUAUAUUGCCGAUGCUACUCCAGCAGCAGUCUGUACUCAUACAUCUCAACGGUCCCAAUACGCCGCAAUUAUCGACCAGUACCUUUCAGGUAUCGCUGGAAAUUGGUUCCCUUGGGCAGGUUUAGACCUCUUAUUUGGUGGUGGUGCAGAAAACUUCCUUCCUACUUCUGCGAAUGGAAAUAUCUCUCAAUUCGAUCGAUGGGGUUCAGAGGGAUAUCAAGUUGGAUACACCAAGACGGAACUUGAAGCUUUCGACAACGCUCAAAGAGCUCUUGCCAUUUUCACUCAAGGUAAUAUCAGUACUUGGCUCGACAAGAACAUCUACCCUGAUACUUUAGAUCUCGCAAUUACACCUCAAGGCGAGCGAGGAGCAUAUGAUCAACCUGGACUCAAAGACAUGACACUCAAAGCUAUUGACAUUCUUCACACACGUGCAAAGGAAAGGAACACCGGAUUCAUGCUCAUGUCUGAAGCUGCUCUUAUCGACAAGGAAAUGCACGUUCUUGAUAUUGAUAGAGCACUCGGAGAAGUACUUGAACUUGAUGACACUGUCAGAGCUACCCUCGAACAUCUCGAAGAGAUUGGAGAAUUAGAAGAUACUCUCGUCGUCAUCACCGCCGAUCAUGCUCACGGAUUCGACGUAUUCGGUUCAACUGACACCAAGUUCCUUCAAGAACAAAACUCUGAUCGAGCGAAACGAGGAGCGGUUGGUACUUAUCUCAACUCUGGUCUAUCCGCCUACCAAGUACCUCAAGAUGUCCUUGCCAACAACCACACCAUCUUCCCCAGUCCUCAAGGCGAUGGAUUCCCCGUUACCUGGGACCCUCGAUACACCAUUGCUCACGGUUGGGCGGCCACUCCAGAUCACAGAGAGGACUAUGCAGUAAACAAAGACCAUGAACGACUUCCUGCAGUCAAAAACACCACUGGGUAUUUCUUCAACCCCGAAGAUAACAAUCGAGGAUUUGCUAUGACUGGUAAUCUCGGUACUGGUGAAGCACAAGGUGUUCACUCUUUGGUCGACGUACCCGUUUACGCCUUUGGUCCAGGACAUGAAUUAUUCAGAGGUGUCAUGAAUAGUCCUGAUCUUGCCUUCAAAGUCGCAUUGGCUCUUGAUCUCGGAAGAAGCUCAAAUGUCACCGCCGGCUACAAAAAGUAA